CACCACACACUCUUACCAUUUCCACCAGCUCGUACGUGACUCUUAGCAGUUUCGCUAGAGCCACGCCUUUAUCUCUAGGCGGCUUUCGUGUCGCCUUGUCAGAUUUUCGAGAACCUUAUUUUGGAUCGCAAGGCUCGCUCGGCGGUGGACGAAACGCUAAACCGCGGAACGUUCUGUUUCCGGCGUGAGCUGAAGUGAGCUGGAACCAUGUUGCGGUUUCUCGGAAAAAAGGCUCUCGAGCACGGAGCGAAGCAACGCUCGAGCCGACCCUACUCCACUAGCCAUGGACGUGGCUGGAAUCCGAUAACCCGCGGAUGCUCCGCGCAAGUCGCGCCGGAGGUGGCGGUAGCAGAACCGGGUCACUUGCUGGACCCGUCGCAUGUGCGACAGAAGGCGAGCGAUUUAGUCGCAUCGGGUGCUUUCAGGAGGCCUAUCAGCGGCUCCGCAGCUCGCCAGCAGGAGCAGGCCGCGAGGAAAGCCGGCGGCUUUGAAGGGAGCAUCUACCUCCACCACUCCGACGUCGGGAGGCAGGUCAACUCCGCUGCUCUCAGCGUCGGCCUUAUCCACGCGCUGCAGGUGCUGCGUCCAGGUGUGGGUUAUUUCCGCCCCAUCGAUCAGACGUCGCACGGUGGUAACCGCGUGGACCUGAUGAAGAAGGUGUUCCACAUCAAGACGCCUCCGGAGGACAUGUUUGCGCUCACCCAGGACCAGGCGUACUCGCUGCUGGCCGCUGAUAAGAUCGACGACCUGCUGGAGGCUGUCAUCUCAGCAUACGAGCGCCACAAGCGGUAUCACGACUUUGUGGUGAUCGAGGGCACGUCCAUGCGGGAUGGGUCCAACACCUCCCCCAUCAACGGACUCAUUGCGUCGGCCCUGGAGUCCCCGGCUCUGCUGCUGACUGACUGCAUUGCCGCCUCGCACCACCACCCCAAGCACCACGAGGCUGGAGGCAAUUUCGAAGCAUGGGAUUUUGAAAAGGAAGCCACGAGCUGCAUCCUGGACCAUGCGCGCAUCAUGAAGCAGAGCAGCGUGGACAUCGCAGGAGCGCUGCUGUACCGCAUGCCUAGGACCAGCCGCGGGACCAGCAGGCUCAGGGAGAAGAUCACUGAGGCCGGCAUCCCAUUCCUGGGAGCAUUGCCCGCCGACAAGUCGCUCGAAUCCUUCCAGGUGGAGGACGUGAGGAGAGUGCUCCAUGCUCAGGUCCUCUAUGGCGGCGACACCCCCCAUGCAGCCAACAGCAUGGCCACGGAGAUCACGAAGACCAUGGUGGCAACGCUGCACCUGGCCGAGAUCCUCACGCUCAUCCCGCCCUCCGACGACCCCGCUAGAGGCGCCCUCGUUAUAGCGCAUGCCAGCCGGCCGGAUAUUCUCCUGGGGAUGAUCGAUCUGCAUGAGACGCACCUCAGCACGCAGGUGGCGGCUAUGGUGCUGACAGGAGGAGCUCCUCCGCCCGCUGAAGUCGAUGAGCUGAUCCGGACCCGCCCCACGCGUGUGUCCCUGCCAGUGCUGCUCGCUCCAAAAGCCACCUACGACACGUGUCUGGAGCUGGCUAAAGCAGACUCGGAGCUCCACGCUACUUCGACCAGAAAGAUCGAGAGAGCAGAGGUCAUGUUUCACGAGCACGUGGACAUGAGGGUGCUCAACCAGGUGCUCUUCAAGGAGCGCCCCCUGCGCAUGAACCCCAAGCUCUUCCAGCACGGCAUCUUUGAGAAGGCCAGGGCAGCACAGUCGCACGUGGUGUUGCCAGAGGGUGCAGAGCCCCGCACAGUGCAGGCGGCAGGGGAGGUGCUGAGGCGUUCCCUGUGCCAAUUGACCCUGGUGGGCAAGCCAGAUGACAUCCUCACCGAGGCGAAGCAGCUCCGGGUGGACCUCACCGGAGCUAACCUCGUGAACCCAGCCUCGGCGCCGAACCUGGAGACCUACGUGGACAUCCUCUACGAGGCUCGGAAGUCCAAGGGCAUGACGCGUGCAGAGGCUCAGGAGCUGCUGGUUACUGAUGCCAACUACUUUGGCACGGCCAUGGUGGCCGCAGGGCAUGCGGACGGCAUGGUGUCUGGAGCUAUCCACACGACUGCCAACACUGUCAGGCCGGCUCUUCAAAUCAUCAAGACCCUCCCAGAGACGCCCAUUGUCUCUUCGGUCUUCUUCAUGUGCCUGCCCGACAAGGUCCUGGUGUACGGUGAUUGUGCCAUCAACACGAAUCCAACGGCUGAGGAGCUUGCGAUGAUCGCCAUGUCAUCGGCUGACACUGCUGCUGCCUUUGGCGUGGAGCCACGUGUCGCUCUGCUGUCGUACGCCACAGGGGAUUCCAACACGGGUCCGCUGAUCCAGAAGGUGGCGGACGCCACGGCCAUAGUGCAUGAGCGCAGGCCGGACCUGAUGGCGGAGGGCCCGCUGCAGUACGACGCUGCUGUGAACAUGGAGAUAGCGAAGACCAAGGUCAAGGGGAAGGCGUCAGAGGUGGCUGGACAGGCCACAGUGCUGAUAUUCCCUGACCUCAACACGGGCAACAAUACUUACAAGGCAGUGCAGCAGUCCACGGGGGCAGUUGCCAUGGGCCCGGUGCUGCAGGGGUUGAGGAGACCCGUGAACGACCUGAGCCGAGGGUGCACAGUGAAGGAUAUUGUUACGACCAUCGCAAUGACGGGCGUGCAAGCUGCUGCUAUGAAGACUAGUAGCAUUAGGCAAGGGGGUGCAGCAUAAGAUAGGUGGUGGUGGGGUGGGAAUUGCGGAGUGAAAAAUCCACGAGCGUAUGGUUGAGAAGUUAAAUAACCGACCAUUGAGUGCAGGAAAGUGGGAAAUGUAUGGGUACCGUGCUUGGGGUGUUGUGAAACAGCUUCUUUAUACGCUUUUCUGUAAAGGACCAAUGUUAUGUAGUGGUUAGGGAACAAAUUGAUGUACAUGUACGGCAUUUAUCGAUGGUACACUACACUGAGU